CCCUUUAGUGACCACAUAACCCUUUGUAAACUGUAAUCCUGGCUGAAAUUCUCUGUACCCCCCUUUGGGGUGAGGAGCAAAGGACGUGUGCGUGGUUAGAGGAGGUGUGUGAAAAGCCAUCACAGAUGCCCAGAUGGUCAAGAAGAAGUGAGCGACUGGGAGAGGUGGCAGGACAAAUCCGUUGCGUCCGAUGCUAAACAAGGUAGCAGCAUUGGCGGCGUCAGAGGUGAGGCAAACACCCCCGAAGACGAGACAAGAAAUAAGCCCCGGCCCCCUGGAGCCAGCCCUGCUAGUGAGGCUGGCACCCUGGGCCCGGGGCAGGAGCUGGGGCCUGAACCCCGACCGUGAAGCGGUGCGAGCCCAGAGAUAAUGAGGCGACUUUUGGUCCCUCCUUUGCGGCCAGACGCGUCCCAGCUCCACUCGCCCGGAGAGAGGCCAAUGGCUGCAGCCGGCGCGCCGGAGCCGGUGGAGGAACCCAGCCGUGGUCAGGAAAUGCGUCAGCCGGGCAUCCCCAUGUGUGCGGCUCCGGGUCUGAAUGUCGGGGGGCCUGGAAGUGCCCGGACCCUGCUGGGAUGCGGGACACCCCCUGUCUGCACUGAGUGGGGCUGCGAAAAGCACCAAGAAACCCCCCCGGCGAAUGGGGGCUGGGAUCUUCUUCCCUCAUCACGCUGGGAGCCAUGACUGCCCCCGACUCGUGGGUCCCCUUCCGGCAGCACCCCCAGCUCAGCCUCUACCUGCUGGCCAUCAUGACCUUCUCUUUCCUCAUCCACCUACGCAGCCGGUUCCUCACCACAAGACAGAGUCUCCCCUCCCUGAACACAACGAAAGGGUCCCCAGCCACGGAGCGGGGCAUGUGGACCGUGAACUCCGCCGGGCGCCUGGGGAACCAGAUGGGGGAAUACGCCACCCUCUACGCCCUGGCCAAGAUGAACGGGCGCCAGGCCUACAUCCUCCCGGAGAUGCACCAGCAGCUGGCACCGCUCUUCCGCAUCACCCUGCCUGUGCUCUCCAGCGACAUGGUCCAGAACAUCCCGUGGAAGGAUUAUGAGCUCCACGACUGGAUGUCAGAGGAGUACAGGCACAUCGAGGGAAAAUACGUCCGGCUGACGGGCUACCCCUGCUCCUGGACCUUCUACCACCACCUCCGGCAGGAGAUCCUCCAGGAAUUCUCCUUCCACGACCAUGUCAAGGAGGAGGCAAACCGGUACCUGGCCGGGCUGCGUGGGCAGCGCCGGAACGUGACCUACGUGGGCGUGCACGUCCGGAGGGGGGACUACGUCUGGGUGAUGCCCCAGGUCUGGAAGGGGGUGGUGGCGGACAAGGCCUACCUGGAGAAGGCCAUGGGCUACUUCCGGGCCAAGUACCAGGAGCCGGUCUUCGUGGUGACCAGCAAUGGGAUGGAGUGGUGCCGGGAGAACAUCGACGCCUCGCGGGGGGACGUGUAUUUCUCGGGGGAUGGGAAGGAGUCAUCACCAGGGAGGGACUUUGCUCUCUUGGCCCAUUGCAACCACACGAUCAUGACCAUCGGGACCUUCGGCAUCUGGGCUGGUUACCUGGCUGGGGGUGAGACCAUUUACUUGGCCAACUACACCCUCCCCGACUCUCCCUUCCUCAAGAUCUUCAAGGCUGCGGCCGCCUUCCUGCCCCAGUGGAUUGGGAUUGACGCCGAUCUCUCCCCGCUGCAGAGUGGGGCAACCAGCUAAAGGAGCUCAGCCGGGAUCACGUGAUGAAAGCAGCCAUGAGUCAGAGGCGCUUUGUCCCAUCCCAAGCAGGUGGCAGAGGAGCAUCUUCAAAGACGUAUUGUUCUUCUUAACGGCCCAGCCGGAUUGACAGCUGCUGGGUGUUCCCCAGGGGAAACCCGUUGGUCACUGUUACAGAGUCAAUAUUCCUGACUUCAGAUACAGGCCUGAUACGUUCACACAAAUAACAUAAUCCUAUUCUGCCAGUCGUCACCUUUCUAAUGAUACCUCACAUGCCGGCUCUUGCACAAACUAGAUCACAGUGAGGCUAUAAUGAUAUUGGAGCAAUUCUAUGAAGAAUAUGGGAUGUGGUGUCACAGGGUCUGGGAGGUUAGAGCGAGGGGGGGCUAGCAGCCAGGACGCCUGGGUUCUGUCCCAGGCUCUGGGAUGGAAGUGGGGUCUAGUGGUGAGGUUAUGCUUAUUAGAAGCACACAGGGUCUUUUUCGGGGGAAAAGGCGACACACCGUGUUUAUUGAAAAUACAGCACUUAGCCUGUGCCUUCAAUCUCUCACACACACAAGCGGGUCCUGCGCGUGCUCCUGUAGUUCCCGGCCUGUCAUAGCUUGAGUCAAUCUAAUGGCCAGUUAGACUGAGCACGAGGGAGAAGCUGGGCUCCGUCGGUCGCGAGCCGAUGCUCUGAGGCUUUGCAGGCCUGACCGGGGCUGCCUAGAGAGGGGAGCAAGUGGGGCAAUUUGCCCCGGGCCCCGCAGGGGCCCCCACGAGAGUUUU